AUGGCCGCCUCCACCAUGUCUGUCUGCUCUGACGCUUGCACCAACUCCUCCUGGCAGGUGGAUGACUGCCCAGAGAGCUGCUGUGAACCUAGCUGCUGUGCCCCCAGCUGCUGCCAGUCCAGCUGCUGCCAACCUAGCUGCUGCCAGUCCAGCUGCUGCCAACCUAGCUGCUGCCAGUCCAGCUGCUGUGCCCCAGCAUCUUGCAUUACCCUUGUCUGCACCCCAGUGAGCUGUGGGUCCAGCCCCUGCUGCCAAUCUGUCUGUGCUAGCUCCUGUGCACCCUCAUGCUGCCAGCCCUCAUGCUGCCAAUCCUCCUGCUGUGUGCCUGUCUGCUGCACACCCAUCUGUUCUGGAUCCUCAUGCUGCCAGCAGUCUAGCUGCCAGCCAGCUUGCGGCACCUGCUCUCCUUGCCAGCCAUCCUGCUGCAUGACCCUGUGCUGCAAGCCUGUCUGCUGCACACCCAUCUGCUCUGGAUCCUCCUCCUGCUGCCAGCAGUCUAGCUGCCAGUCCUCAUGCUGCCAGCCAUCCUGCUGUGUGCCUGUCUGCUGCAAGCCUGUCUGCUGCAAGCCCUGCUCCAGCGUGUCCCUGCUCUGCCGCCCUGUGUGCAGACCUGCCUGCUGUGUGCCCAGCUCCUCCUGCUGUGCCUCUUCCUGCCAGCCCAGCUGCUGCAAGCCCUGCUCCAGCAUGUCCCUGCUCUGCAGCCCUGCCUGCUCCAGCCAGGCCUGCUGUGGCCUCUGCUCUGGCCAGAAGUCCAGCUGUUGCUAA